AUGACUCAAUCAUCAAUGAUAGUACGCAAUGGCGGCUCCUCCAACGUGUGCCGCAAGCUUGAAUCAGAGGAUGAGAUUAUCAAGAUCCCCGACUGCGACCUCGAUGCUGUGACUGAGCGUUUCCGUAUGACGCUCAUUGGACGAGUUUUCAAUCUCCAAGGACAGAGCAUUGAUGCUUUGAUCCAUCUCCUCCCCCAUAACAGGAUCUGGAACGUAGAAGGCCGUGUUUGUGGUUUAAAUCUCGGCAACGAGAGUUUCCAGUUUGACUUUGACAAUGAAACAGAUCUACUCUCUGUCCUAAACAAACGCCCAUGUCAUUUUAAUCAAUGGAGUUUCGAGCUCGAACGCUGGGGUCCCAGUCCACUUCUGGAACGAUCAGACCUUCGUUGCGAUCUCAAAACCCUAGGAAUUUGGACCUCCCUAGACUCGAAACGAGCAGGAAUCCAAGUAUCUGUCAACGUUGACAAGCCCCUGCAAUUCGAGCAUCGUAUAGAGUUUCCAAACGGUUGCAUAGAAAGGAUCUUCUUCUCCUAUGAGGGUCUCCACUGA